AACUUGCAGAGGUAGGAAUUUCCUUUAUAAAUUCGCCGACAAUCAGAGCCUCUUCCUUCCCUUUCUUUUUCCUUUACUUUCAACCAAGGGAGAGAGAAAAUAAAAUAGAAAAAGAAAAUCGCACAAAAUAAUCAGAGAGAAAAAGAAAAGAAUAAAAAGAAAAAACACAAACUUUCGAAACGAUCGUGUUUCGUGUGAGAGGAAGAUGAAGAAGUGCGAACUGUGUAAGCUUCCGGCAAGGAUUUUCUGCGAGUCAGACCAGGCCAGCUUAUGCUGGGACUGCGACGCAAAGGUUCACGGCGCAAACUUCUUGGUCGCCAGACACUCGCGAACCCUCCUCUGCCGCACGUGCCACUCUCCCACGCCGUGGAAGGCCGCCGGAGCCAGACUCGCUAACGCCGCCUCCAUCUGCCACCGCUGCGCCGCCUCGGCCGCGGAAGAACCAGACGAGACCGAAUCCGGCAAUGACGAGGAACCAGACACCGAGGACGACGAGGUCUCCGGCGAGGAAGACGGCGAGAACCAGGUGGUGCCGUGGUCCUCCACACCGCCUCCGCCGGCGAGCUCCUCCAGCAGCGAGUGCUCGUCCUUCAGCGGGUGCAAAAACGAGGACGACGAAGGUGCUUCUGUUUCCGUAUGUGAACCGGAAACGACAACAUCCUCGUUGAAACGACAACGCGAGAACAACAACGACGACGAAGACGGCGUAUCCGGCCGUGAUCCGCAGCGGUUUGGAAGGGUUGCGCAUCUCAACGGAGGUGGCGUGUGACGGAGGAUGAUCGUUGAAGGAGAUUUCAAUUUUCAACCACUCGCUACGACGACGUUUGGUGUUGGGGAAAGUAAGAGUCUCUGAACCGUACGAUGGGCGAAGAUAUUUUAGGUCUUUCAUCAUUAACUUCUAAUCUAACCGCUUACAAUAGAGUAGUGGUUUUUUACUGUAGGAUGAUUAUGAUGUUGUGUGUUUAACAACAAGUUUUCCUUUAUUGGUUUCUAAUCUAAGACAAACGUUACCAUAUGAUCUCGAUUGUAACCCUUUUAUAUUUCUAUCUAAAUAACAUCUCCGAUUAAUUUUUGAGUUU